UUCCCCUUCUCUCAAGAUGGAGGACUCCGAUAGGAGGACGCGCGCGAGGCGGCGGUUUAGCGUCGUCAUCCCUCAGCUUGUGCUGCUCCUCGUUCUCGGAUUCUACCGUGUCUGGACGGCCUCGGCCCAGCUCCAAUCCCUGCGCGCCGCCGCGGCUCCUGGAGGUAGAUCACGCAAUGCGCGGUAUCUCGGUGAGAUUACCAAUGCCGCCAGGCAGAAUGCGGCAGGGCUUGUGGAAUCAAGCGAGGAUCACAGGCAUUGCGCCAGCAUCGACAACCUCCCGCCCCGGCGGCGCUGCGAGCACGCGCGCCUCCACUGCAAGAACGGCCGCAGCGUCCUCAACUACGUCUCAUUGCACUACUGCGCGCUGGAUCAGAGAUCUUGGCUGUCGGUACCACUCCUCCUCGCCGCUGUUCUCCUGGCCUUCUUCUGCCUGGCAGAGACCGCCGAAAGAUUCUUCUCGCCGGUGGCAACGCUCAUGGUGGAGAUGCUUAGCAUGUCUCCAACGAUGGGGGGAGUGACGCUGCUGGCCCUGGGGAAUGGAGCUCCAGACGUCUUCGCCUCCAUGGCCGCUAUCGGGGGUGGGAAUUCUCGCAUUGGGCUGGGGGCGAUCAUCAGCGCUGGGACCUUCGUCUCGGCGUUUGUGGUGGGAUCUGUGGCGCUCGUCGCGGCUCCAUUCUCCGUGAAGCCGCUGCCAUUCGUGCGAGACGUGGUGUUCUACCUGGCGGCCGUGGGGCUCGUGUUCUUGGUCUACAUGAAAGGGGUGGUGACGUUCUGGCAGGCCGUGGGAUUCGUGAGCUUCUACGCGGUUUUCAUUGUGGUGGUGGUGGUCAUGGAUCUGGCAAGGGAAGCACAGUUGGAUCACGACCAAGUGCCGCAAAAGCUCGUCCAAGCCGGGAUCGAUGAGAUCUACGUAGAAGCCGAUGCCGAGCGCUUGAAUCUGUGCCAGGAAUCGUUUCGAAAGUCCUGGAAGGAUUUCCUCGCCAGCUUCUGGGAUUUCAAAGUAGCAAGUCUCAGCUCUUCCAAGAUACGAUCGAUGCUCCAAGCUCCCUUGCACGUAAUUCUCAGAGCCACUAUCCCCGAGAUCAAUCCUUUCAACUGGAGCCGAGCCUACUCCACCGCCAACUUCGUUUUCUGCCCGCUCCUGCUGCUCGUCAUGUUCCGUUCCAUGAUCCCCAUCGACCACCCCGUCGUGUUCUUCGUUUCCAGCGUCAAGCUCCCACUCUGGUCCCUCGUCCUCGUCCAAAACCUCUUCCUGGCAGCCGCCUUCUUCGUCUCCACAAAGCAUCCACCCGAGUCCACGCAGUUCCCGGUGGCCUUCAUGGCCUUCGUGAUGAGCGUGCUCUGGAUCUCCUUCGUAGCCAGCGAGCUCCUCGGUUGCCUGGCGGCUCUGGGAAUCGUGCUGGGAGUCUCUCCGGCUCUGCUGGGCCUGACGGUCCUGGCGUGGGGAAACUCCAUGGGGGACUUGGUCGCGGACAUUGCCAUCGCUCGUGCCGGGAAGCCCGAGAUGGCCAUCGCGGGCUGCUUUGCCGGUCCCAUGUUUAACAUGCUCGUCGGCCUGGGCUUUGCUCUCGUCCUCCACACUUCCUAUCUCAAGCCCCCGGAGUAUUACCUCUCAUACCAUCCGAGCUUGCUGAUAGCUUUCGGGUUUUUGUUCACUAGUCUGGUGGGAUCUCUACUCGUCGUCGCUUGCUCGAAGUUCCAAGUCACCAGGACGUGGGGGCUAUGCUUGAUCGGGCUGUAUUUUAUCUUUACGUUGGUCAGCGUGUUCUCGGGCACAUUAAGUUAGUUCGACAACGAGAGACAAAAGAAGCAUUCGAAUCAAUCCGAUAGAACAACAAAACGUACAGUUA